AUGACUGGAGGCAAAUCCGGCGGAAAGGCCAGCGGCAGCAAGACUUCCCAGUCUCGCUCUUCCAAGGCUGGUCUCGCGUUCCCGGUUGGUCGUGUCCACCGUCUCUUGCGCAAAGGCAAUUACGCUCAGCGUGUCGGUGCUGGUGCUCCCGUUUAUCUUGCUGCCGUUCUCGAAUAUCUGGCUGCGGAAAUUCUCGAAUUGGCUGGCAAUGCCGCCCGUGACAACAAGAAGACCCGUAUCAUCCCCCGUCAUCUCCAGCUUGCCAUCCGCAACGAUGAAGAAUUGAACAAGCUGCUUGGCCACGUCACCAUCGCCCAAGGUGGUGUCCUGCCAAACAUCCACCAGAACCUCCUCCCCAAGAAGACCCCAAAGAGCGGAAAGAACACCUCCAGCCUCGAACUUUAA